AUGGCAACCGUAGAUGAGAAGCACACCAAGAUAGUGGCCGAGAGCCCUGAUAGCCAGAGCGAUGUUGACCACCCCGAAAUUGACUGGUCGCCAGAAGAGGAGCAGCGUUUGGUUCGAAAGGUCGAUUUCCUUAUCAUGCCCCUCUUGAUCCUCGCCUUCUUCGCCUUACAACUCGACCGUGGAAACAUUGGCAAUGCUUUGACGGAUUACUUCCUGAGGGACGUCGGAAUCUCGCAGAACCAGUUCAACGUCGGCCAGCAAUUGUUGUCUGCAGGCAUUGUUAUCCUCGAGACAAACUUCAAGAUUCCCAGCAAUCUUAUCUUGUAUCGAGUUGGUCCGACUCUUUGGAUUGGUGGACAGAUCGUUGCAUGGGGGUUGGUCGCAACCUUUCAAGCCUUCCAGAAGGGUCUUGGCCCUUUUAUGGUUACCAGAUUGCUUCUUGGACUUUGCGAAGCCGGCUUCAUUCCCGCCGCGCUGUACACCAUGACCCGCUGGUACAAAAAGGAGGAGACCAGCAAGAGGUUCUCGUGGUUCUUCAUCGGAAACAUGCUUGCCGCCGCCUGCUCCGGACUGAUUGCCUAUGGAAUUUUGCACAUGAGAGGUAUUGCCAACCUUGCUGGAUGGCAAUGGCUUUUCUUGCUCGAGGGUAUCUUUACUGUACUCGUCGGUAUCUGCUUCCUCAUUUUCUUUCCCAACCAAGUCAACAACCCCGUGUCCAUGGUUGGUAAGCGCUACUUCACGGAGCGCGAGGCCGAAAUCCUCUACAAGAGAGUCAUGCUCGACGACCCUUCAAAGGCUCACCCUAAGCGUUCUGUCAGCUGGCCAGAGCUAAAAGGAGCAUUGACCAACUGGAGACUCAUCCCCCACAUCAUCUUCACCAUUGCCGCUCUUUCGCCGUCAUCAACUCUCAGCUCUUACGCUCCGUCGCUGGUCGCAUCUAUGGGUUACGACAGACUGCAGUCCAACGCAAUGGUCUCCAUCGGCGCAUGGAUUCUCAUCCCCGUCAACUUGUUCUGGGGUUGGAUCGCCGACAAGACAAAGGUGCGGGGCCCAUGGGUGUUCCUGGGACUCUUCAUUUUCUGGGGCUUCAACCUUGGCAACAUGCUGUUAAUUGACUCUGACCGCACGAGGAGGUUCACAAUGCUGACUCUUUCGACGGCGUUUUCGUUCCCUUGGCACCCCGUCAACGGCGCCUGGGUUUCGAUGAACGCCAAGUCGGCCGGUGAGAGAUCAAUCACCAUGGCCAUGCUUAUUAUGGCAGCCAACUGCUCUGGCAUUGUGGGUAAACAGCUGUUCCGCGAGGAAGAUGCGCCGAAGUACCGCCAGGGCUGGACCGUGAUCACGGGCCUCGUGACUGCCGCGGUGGCCUGUGGUAUUUGGGCCAACGUGCAGUAUUAUAUUUUGAACAAGCGCAGGCUCAGCCGCACGGGGCUUUCUUACCAGUACUAA